GAGCACAGAAACACACACGUCCACGCACACAAGCAUACACAAACACACACGCUCACCGAGCUCUUCUCCGACAGAGGAGAGAGAGCGCUGAGGGAUAAACGGAGGGAGAGACUAUAGGAACGCAGCGGCUUGUGUGUGUAUGUGUGUGUAUGUGUGUGCGCGCGCGUGUGAAGGUACGCUCGCUCGGUGGUAGAAACGACUGGCGGGGCGGAUAUGGAGGGGCUCGGGAAAAACGCUGGGAACUGACCGAGCACCGAGACGAAAAGGGGAGAGAGAAGAGAGAGAGAGGAAGGACGGACGGACGGACGGACGGACGGACGGACAGAACGGAAGGAAGGAAGGAAGGAAAGGAGGAGAGGAGGAGAGAGAGAAGUCUGACAGAGGAGAGGAAGAGUGUGAAGAAGGGGCUCGUCUGGAACACAGAAGGAUCCUAAGGAGUGAGCCCGGGGCUGGAUGGGACCCACCAUGCCCCCCAGUAAGAAGGCCCAGAGCCCCAGUAGUGGAGCCAGUGCCUCGCAGGGUAUGAGCCCGCCGUAUCGGCAGGGGGACGCCGCCACAGCGGCGUCGGAGGCCGAGGCGGCCGACCUCUCGCUGUCUGUGUCCGCCUCCUUCUCCAAGGCCGAGGACGAGGAGCUCACCAGCCUCUCCUGGCUCCACGAGAGCACCGACCUCCUCAACAGCUUCAGCCACUCGGGGCUGCGGAGCGUCUCGCCCCUGCAGGACCCCGACGGUCAGCACCCGCGCUCACCCUCCUCGUCUCCCUCCCCGGACGACCCCCUGCUCGGCGACGCACACUCGGCGUACGACUUGGCGGCAGGCGGCAACAGGAAACCGCCCUACUCCUUCAGCUGUCUGAUCUUCAUGGCCAUCGAGGACGCGCCAAACAAGCGGCUGCCAGUGAAGGAUAUCUACGGCUGGAUCCUGGAGCACUUCCCUUACUUUGCGAGCGCCCCCACUGGCUGGAAAAACUCCGUGCGCCACAAUCUGUCGCUCAACAAGUGCUUCAAGAAGGUGGAUAAAGACCGGAGCCAGAGCAUAGGCAAAGGCUCUCUGUGGUCCAUAGAUCCGGAGUAUAGGCACAACCUGAUCCAGGCGCUGAAGAAGACGCCGUACCAUCCCUACUCGCCCGGCCUGGCCACGCCUUCCACCUCCCCACCCACCCUGCCUCAGACAUUUCACCAGAGUCCUCCAUUGUGGUCGGGGAGUCCCCUCUUCAGAAAGAACGGAGGAGUUCUCCUACAAGUUCCUCGUGGUGUGAUCCAAAAUGGCGCCCGUGUCCGGAGCCAGGCACUCUUCCCUGUGAUCAGACCCCUACCUGUUAGCCCAGUGGGGAGUAGGACCUCGGCCAUACGAUCAUCCCUGGGAGAUUAUCUAAGCCGCGGACAGGACAGCCCGUCCCGCUACUCUCCUCCGCUCUGCAGCGAGGACCUCCAGGACGACCACACCUACAGCACAGCCAAAUCCCCCAGCAGGCUGUGCUCCUCCGAAGUCGGCACCCCUUCCUCCCCUCUGGACGACGACGACGACAUCAUCGCCGUGGAGAUCCAGUCAGACGUCAAACCCGAGCCCCGGGAGAUCCCGCUGGAUUCUCACCUCGCCGCGGCCCCCGCUACCUACAUUUCCCAGCAGCCCCUGCGCGGACAGAGACGCAGUAUGGGGCCGGGCGCUGGGACUCUGGCGGGAAGCAGUUUGCCCUGGACCAAAAACCGAGCGCGGGGCAUCAGCGACACGCUGCCGCUGAAGAAGCGGCGCGCGGCGGCGGUGGAGAAGCCGCCGGAGAGCGACGACGAGGAGAUGAAGGAGGCGGCGGGGUCGCUGCUCCACCUGGCGGGGGUCAGAGCCUGCCUCAACAACAUCACAAACCGCACCGCCAAGGGCCAGAAGGAGCAGAAAGAGGCCCUGAGAAACUAAGACACACACACAUACAUAGAACACGCACAUAGUCACGCAAAAACACACACACACACACACACACACACACAGGCGGUAUACAGCUCACAGUACACGCACACACACGUUCACACACACAGACACAUAUACAAUACACAAAUAGGUCAACAGGUAACGUUACUACAGCAUUAGUCUCAAUGGACACUUCUCAUCUCCCUCUAUCUAUCUGCAGGGCAUUAGGUGAAUCCUACUUAUUUGUGGCAAUAUCAAAAAUCUAUGUUUUCCUACAUGUUCAGCAACACUAACAUCAAUGGGUAUUUCUCAUGUGUCUUUGUUGUUUCUGUUGUUUAAAAAGGGGAUGAAAGCCAUAAAAGGAAAGCACGUUUUUGUCACUAAUUUGGACAAGUUGAGCACGACAGAGCCGAAUCACAUUGAGGAGCGUACAGUGCAUAAACACAGACGAUGGCUGUUUGUCGUACCUGUUUGUGAAUCUAUGUGAAUCUGUAGCAAUCUCGCAGCGAUGCCCAGCAAAAGGCGGCAGAGCCGACGUAACGAGACGCGGAGCUCUCUCGGGCCGCUCGCUGACAUCCCUCUCUCCUACAUCCACGAGCACAAAUGUGAGACUGUGCCAAAGAUAAAGCGACCAGGUUGCUUCAUGUAGCCGACACGACAGCUGACAAAAAAAAAACAACCAACAAAACAAAAAAAACAAGAAGGCAUAGUAGUAAAGAAGAGCUAGGGAGAAUGACCUAAAGCGUCGAAAUAAUUGUAAAACCCAAUGUGAUAUAUAUUCAUGCACUUAAGAUUAUUUAACACCACUUAUAAUAGAAGCAUCAUGGGUAAGGACAUGGUUUAUUUCAAGAGCACUCAUAGUAUUUAAGAAUAGAUAUUUUAAAAUAAAAUAAAAAAAAAAAAUGGUCAUGUUUAUCACCAUAAAGAUGGAUAGUGUGCCGGGUCUGAGGCAAUAUCUCCUUCAUUUUGUUGUUGUUGUUGCAUAAUGUAAACUUCCCCCAGUACUUCUGUCCAUAGACGUACAGUAGACACCUGGUAUAGAUAUCAUAGCUGCCAGUAGCUACCACACCUUCCUAUUCAUUUGACGACGUCAAAGAACUAUAUACAUGAACUGUGGGUUUUAAAGAUUUCUGUUUGUGUCUGUUGAACCCUCACUCUACCCUCAUAAAGAUAUAAGCAAUUUGUCCCGUGCGGACAACUCUGUAAAAAGGUUAGAAAAUAUUUUAUUUUUUUCCUUUUCUUAAUUGAAGCAAUUUGACCUGCAGGACUUUCUCAGUUAUAUUGCAUGGGUGCUUGUAAAUAAGAUAAAAAGCAAAUCUUUUUUAUUCAAAGAUCAUGUAAGAUAAACGAUGUAUUUAGCAUGAAGCAUGACUUAUUUUCAUAUAAACAUUGAUCCUAGAGGAAAGAAAAAAAGUUUUGCCGCCAAUUCUUAUACACGUGGUUAUAUUGGAUUCUUUUUUUUUUUUGGUUUUCUUUGAAUCUUUUGGGUUCUUUUUUUUUUUUCUGAGCGGGCUUUCAAAGACACGUCUUCAGGGAGGAGCGUGGGAGAUCACUCUACAACGAGAGGCCCGAAGGGUGCCACCUCCGGGCUUUCGGGUUCAGGCUACAUGUAGGCCAGCUGAAUCACCUCUUAGGGGUGGGCUUCCGUCGUCUUCUGCCUGUACAGUGAUUUUUAGGUGUUCAAUGUUAACCCCAGUGUUAUUUCAGAACACGUGUGUAGAGUGUGUGUGUGUGUGCGUGAGUUUGUGUGUCCAGGAACACACACCCUUUAACAUUGUGCCUGCCUGCCUGCCCUCAGUACCUCUGUUGUCAUGUCUAUGACAUGUUUAGACAGAAUGUUUUCUUGUCUUUAUUUAUAACAGUAUUGUUUCUUCUAUUUUUUUUUUUUUUUUUUUCCUGUGUGUAAAUGUACACGUGUCCUUAUUUUCCAUCGACAUUGUUCAGUGUAAAUGUAUGGAUCAGACGGGCUGUCCUUAAAGAACCUCAUAUCUCCAAAUAGGCUACUUAAGAGUUGGAUUGAAAAGAAAGAGGAAUGUAGGAGAUGGCAUAAAUGACAAAAAAGAAAAUGUUUUUUUUGAUUUACAUACAGUAUUGUUAACCCUUUGAUUAAAGGAAUUACUUCCCGUUGUGGAUGUCAAGCUUGCAUACAUAUUUAUCUCAAGUGCCCAAUCUGGCAUUUUUAAAUAUAUUUUGCCACUCUACAAAGGUGUAGGUGUAUGUCAUGAAAACACUGACUUGAUUGAAAUCCACGAGGGCAGAAGUGAUAUGAGUUCUGCACUGCCAUUACUCGGCAUGCUUUUGGUGCAACAGGAAUGCAUAAAAGUAUUAAUCCCCCCCUCCCCCCCUCCACUUGCAGAGAUGCAGUGCAUAUAAAAAGCAGCUUUGUAGGAGAAAACAUAGGCUGGGUUUGGUUGUAGCAGCAGUCAGACAAGGUAUUUUUUUUUUUUAAAGCUCAAUAGGCGUUGAGUGAUUGUCAGUGAGCCAAGCAGGCAAACAAAUGCAUGUCCCAUCCGCUGGUACAGUCUUUUGCCACCUGUAGCAUGCAUUUUGUAUGGUAUCCAUGCCGACGUAUAAAAAAGGCUAAAAGGAGACACUGUCAGUGUUCUUGUUGUGUGCCAUCCGUCUCUCGUCUGAUAUCUGUCUGAGUGCUCCCGCGGCCCAGGUCAAGCACUCUGCUGUAUUCGCAGCAACAACCCACUGUUGUGGUGACUAAUAACGUGUUCAGCUGGCAAGAGGCAUGUGGAGGGGAGAAUGUGUUGCUUUAGCAACCACCUUUUUUCCUCUGACUCACCCAAUGACAUGCAGGGAAGAUGAACUCCUGACCUACGAGUCCUGGAAAAACAGAGCAACACAUAUAAUAUAUACCUUGGACAUUUUAAAGCAAAGAAGGAAACUUCACUGCCUGAAAAAGCCCCCUAAAACAAGUGUUUGUUUCAAACCUGCCAAACAUACAAUUAAACGCUCU